CAAAGAACGAACCCGCCCCUCCUGCUACCCCAAGCACGCAACGACACAAAAUGGCCUCCAUGAAUAAAGUAUUUGCCGACUAUGCCGCUCGCCAAGCCAUACUUGAAACCAGCACCAACCGCUACGCCAAGGGCAUUGCCUGGGUGGAAGGCCAACUCGUGCCCCUCAGCGAGGCCCGCAUCCCCCUCCUCGACCAAGGUUUCCUGCACAGCGAUCUGACCUACGAUGUUCCCUCCGUCUGGGAUGGUCGCUUCUUCCGCCUUGAUGACCACCUCGCCCGACUGGAAUUGAGCUGUGCGAAACUCCGCCUCAAAUUCCCCAUACCCCGCGAUGAAAUCAAGCAGAUUCUCAUCGACAUGGUCUCCAAAAGCGGCAUUCGCGAUGCCUUUGUGGAAUUGAUCGUGACACGUGGGAUGAAAAGCGUACGAGGUGCCAAGCCGGAGGAUAUGGUCAACAACCUCUACAUGUUCAUUCUACCUUAUCAGUGGGUAAUGGGGCCUGAUGUCCAGCCGGUGGGUGGAAGUGCCGUCAUUGCUAGGACUGUUCGCCGUGCACCCCCGGGCGCUAUUGAUCCUACCGUGAAGAACUUGCAAUGGGGUGACUUGACGCGUGGUAUGCUUGAGGCGUCCGAUCGAGAUGCCAUGUAUUCGUUCUUGACGGAUGGAGAUGCGCAUCUUACCGAGGGACCGGGGUUUAAUAUUGUUUUGGUCAAGGAUGGAGCUCUCUACACGCCUGAACGUGGUGUGUUGCAUGGUGUUACCAGAAAGAGUGUUAUGGAUGUUGCAAACGCGUUUGGUAUCGAGGUUCGGCUCGAGGCUGUGCCAGUCGAGUUGGCAUAUCGGUGCGAUGAAAUCUUCAUGUGCACGACCGCUGGUGGAAUUAUGCCGAUCACGGAGCUGGAUGGGAAGCCCGUCAAUGGGGGCCAGAUUGGUCCGAUCACGAAGAAGAUCUGGGAUGGAUAUUGGGCUAUGCACUAUGAUCCGGCCUAUAGCUUCGUGAUUACCUAUGAUGACGAGGCAAAGGCAAAGCUCUAGGUGUGGAUUCAUCAGGAUGUUUGUAGGGAAAGCGCUAUAGGAAUAACUUCUAAUC